AUGUGUCAACCUGCCCUGUCUCACGUGUCAACCUCCCCCGUCUCAUGUGUUAACCUCUCCUGUCUCAUGUGUCAACCUCCCCCGUCUCAUCUGUCAACCUCCCCAGUCACAUGUGUCAACCUGCCCUGUCUCAUGUGUCAACCUCCCCUGUCUCACGUGUCAACCUCCCCUGUCUCACGUGUCAACCUCCCCUGUCUCAUGUGUCAACCUCCCCUGUCUCAUGUGUCAACCUCCCCUGUCUCAUGUGUCAACCUUCCCUGUCUCAUGUGUCAACCUGCCCUGUCUCACGUGUCAACCUCCCCAGUCACAUGUGUCAACCUCCCCAGUCUCAUGUGUCAACCUGCCCUGUCUCAUGUGUCAACCUCUCCUGUCUCAUGUGUUAACCCUGUCUCAUGUGUCAACCUCCCCUGUCUCACGUGUCAACCUCCCCUGUCUCAUGUGUCAACCUCCCCAGUCUCAUGUGUCAACCUCCCCCGUCUCAUGUGUCAACUUCCCCAGUCUCAUGUGUCAUCCUACCGUCUCAUGUGUCAACCGCCCCAGUCUCAUGUGAGAACCUCCCCCGUCUCAUGUGUCAACCUCCCCUGUCUCAUGUGUCAACCUCCCCAGUCUCAUGUGUCAACCUACCGUCUCAUGUGUCAACCGCCCCAGUCUCAUGUGAGAACCUCCCCCGUCUCAUGUGUCAACCGCCCCAGUCUCAUGUGA